AUGGGGCGUUGCGCCAAUUGUGUGGAAUUCGGGGAGGACGAGGCGGGGAAAGGGGGGACGAUGGGGGGAGUGGUGGAGGGUGGGAAUGCCAAGGCGGAGAUGGGCGAACACGACUCAUGUCGAGCCAAUGUCGCGCUUCGGCUACUACCGCCGAGGCGCACCGCCGCGUUCCUCGCUGCGGGUAUCGCCAUGGGUCUCUUCGGCGACUUGCCUCCGCCGUCGAACGCACCCAAGCCACCGAGUCGCGCCAACCCUCUGUCGUCAACGUCAACUCCGUCUAGCAAACCGUCAAUUGCUGCUGAACGGCCCGCGGCGGUUGCGCCGAAGCCGUCCGCGCUCAGGUCGUCACUCAAGGGGAGGGCGGAUGCGCGCGGGGAAGAGGGGACGGGCAACGUCAGCGCGGGGGGCGCGGGUGGUGGGUCGGGGGAAGGCGGAAAGACUAGAAAGCGCGUGGGGGUGGCUGUGGCGGACGAGGCAGAUGGCGACGGUAUGGAUGCUGCAGACUUCGUUGACCGCCACCCAACCAUCCCACUCCUGCUCGGCAUUCUUUCCCGUUUCUCCUCGCUCCUCGCAUUACUUUUUCCCCCUUCUCCCCAUCCCCCCUUUUCUCCACCUCAUUCCCCUUCCCCUUACUUCCCCCUUCUCCCCUCCCUUCCACCCUCUCCUUCCCCCUUUCUAUUCCUAUCCCCUCACCCCUCCCCCAUUCCAGCCCCCCCGCGUCGGCGGGUGCGCUUCCACACGUUUGCUGAGGUGGCAGAGGACAAGGUGACGUCAGCGAUAGCCAAGAUCGCCGCCCACAUCGGCACGCCGGCCAAGUUCAGAAAGGCGGCCGGCCUCGCUCGGCAGCUUCUGGAGGGCGGCGCACUCAACAGCGCCGCCGCAACCAGUGGCAUGAACAGUGGAAUGAACAGUGGGGAUAACAGUGCGGUGGAGAGCGGUCAUGCGCGGUUGUUCUUUGGAGUGCUGGAUGCGGCAAUGGGGCUGCUGCGGAGAGAGGGGGGAGGGGGGGCGGGGGGGAUGGUGGUGGGGGCAGCGGGGGACGUUGGGGGCGACUAUGCUGCGCUGAUUGGCGCUGCUGUGGAGCGGAAGGAGGUGCCGGGGGACGUUGGGUGCGAGUAUGCUGCGCUGAUUGGCGCUGCUGUGGAGAGGAAGGAGGUGCGUGAGAGAGGGGGGAGGUGGGCAGGGAAGGCGUGGGCAGGGAAGGCGUGGGCAGGGAAGGCGUGGGUAGGGAAGGCGUGGGUAGGGAAGGCGUGGGCAGGGAAGGCGUGGGCAGGGAAGGCGUGGGUAGGGAAGGCGUGGGCAGGGAAGGCGUGGGCAGGGAAGGCGUGGGUAGGGAAGGCGUGGGCAGGGAAGGCGUGGGCAGGGAAGGCGUGGGUAGGGAAGGCGUGGGUAGGAAGGGACAUGACACAAUUCGCCAACCCCAACCCCUCACUCGCCCCCUUCCCCACCCUCACUCGCCCCCUUCCCCACCCUCACUCGCCCCCUUCCCCACCCUCACUCGCCCCCUUCCCCACCCUCCUCACACCCUCCCUCCCUGCUGGCCCCAUCCCCCCCACCCUUGCUCUCCCCCUUCCCCACGCCCCCCUGCCCCACCCGCGCGUGCAGCUGUUUUCGGCGUGGCAGCAGCAGCAGGUGGACGUGUGGGGGAUGCGCACCGUGCUAACUCACUCCCUGCGCACCGACGACAGCUUCCAGUUUUCCAGGGCUGUGUCUCGAGUGCAGCAGGAGGUGGAGCGAUUACCAGAGGCAGCAGAGGAGGAUGAGAGGGAGGAGGCAGGGCUGUUUGCAGGUGUGGCGAUGCAGGUGCAGGGCAGAGAGGGGGAUGUGAAGGGAGAGGGAGAGGGAGAGGGAGAGAAGAGGGACGAGAAGGAGGAAGGGAAAGGGGAGGAGGAGUGCGGAGGGAAGGAGGAAGAGAGUGCGGAACGCCAGGGGGGGGAGUCUCAAGGGAACAGGGAGGGGGGAGAAGAGGGUGGGGAAGAGAGACGGGAGGACAAGCAAGAAGAAGGAAGCGACGAUGCAAAUGCUGCACAUAUUGCUGCAGAUACUGCUGCGGGUUCUGAUGCAGACCCCUUUGGACUUGAUACUAUGGCCCAGACGGCCAUAGGCAUGCUGGCUCAGCACGCAUACGACCACAGGCCGGCCCAGACGGCCAUAGCCAUGCUGGCUUGGCAUGCCUACGACCACAGGCCGGCUCAGACAGCCAUAGACAUGUUGGCACAGCAUGCCUACGACCACAGGCGGCGAUUCACCGGGCGGCAGCGGGCGGCAAUCGAGGCGCUGUGGACGAGUGUGAGGCAGCAGCAGCACGAGCGCAAGCACGGGGCGGGACGGGGCGGCACCGGCCGGCUGGAUGUGACUGCUUUCGAGCGCCUGCAACGGCAUUAUGAGGGCGAGGCGAUUAGUAUCAGGAAGGGGGUGGGGGGUGGUGGAGGUAGGAGCACAAUCACCUGGCUGGGGUGA